AUGGUACAGAAAAUAGUUGAAUAUGCCAAUCAGUUCAUUGAAAAAGUAGCUCAUUCAUAUAAAGAUAAAUACGACGUACGUUACACAGAUAUAACGGAAAUCAAAGCACUAAUCGGCCUGUUAUAUUUAGCUGGUGUCCAUAAAGGAGGUCGAACCACUAUUUACGAAUUAUGGGCAACAGAUGGCACUGGUCUGGAGAUAUACGUCGAUACACGUGAAAAGAGGAAAAAAACCGACAAUCUUGCACCUAUUAGGGAAUUGUUUGAGGAAGUAAAUGGAAAAUUUAGAAAUCAUUACUCGCCAGGAGAAUACGUCACGAUUGAUGAAAUGCUAUCAGCCUUCCGUGGCCGAUGUGCCUUCCGAAUGUACAUACCUAAUAAACCUGCAAGAUAUGGAAUAAGAAUAUAUUCCCUUGUAGAUGAUAGGAUGUAUUAUACGUUCAACAUGGAAGUGUAUAUAGGAACCCAACCAGCUGGACCAUACCAAGUGAGCAAUAAAUCUCUUGAUGUUGUUGUCAGAAUGACAGAGCCCAUCCAUGAUAGCAAAAGAAACAUCACGAUGGAUAAUUGGUUUACCUCUAUCCCCUUAGCACAAUCACUAUUGACUGAUCAAAAAUGA